AUGUGGAAAGUUAUUAGGAGAUGUGUGCCUCGCAAAAAGGUAUCACAACCCGUUUAUACUAGGGACAUGAAAGAACUGGCUGACGAAUUUAACAUCUUUUAUACAUCAGUUGGGGUUAAAGCCGCAGAAGAGUCGAAGAAAAUAGCCAUUGCAAAUAAUCUACCGUCAGUCCAACCUAACAAUAUUGUAUUAAAUAACGACACUGAUGAGUUUAACUUCCGCCCUGUAUCAUCUUAUGAAAUACGUAAGAUCGUGAAUUCAUUUCCAUCAUAUAAGCAGGGUUUUCAUUAAUAGGCGGUUACCGGCGGUUUACCGCCGCCUGUUUGGCCUAAGACCGCCGGCUAUUUUUUUGUGUCUGGUAAAUUUUUCUGAGCCACGUAUAAAACUUUUAAUAAAAAAUAAUUUAAGUAUUGUCAGUCUAUCAAGCAUGUGUAUAAUUAUUUAAAAUGACAAGUUAGGUAUUAGUGUUUUCGUUUUCCAUAGUAAACUUAUAAAAUAGGUUCAUAACUCACGAGUUUAUGUCGUAUAAAUAUUUCACAUUGUUUUGAAAUUUCUCUUGCCAUUUUCUCGCAACUCGAAUUUGAACGAUCAGCGGUCGCCGAUCUAUUUUAUGCAAUACUUCGUAAAAUAUUUGCAUUAAGGCCCAACAAACAUGGCGGGUGAAAAUUGAAAACAUGGCGAGUAAAAAGCGUGGCAGAGGAAAUUCAACAGGCUUUCAGACAUCAGCUUUUGAUGCAUUUUUCACUCACAAGCAGAGAAGAAUGGACAACACAGGUAGUGUACAUUAUUACCUAUUGUUUUUAAUAUUAACGUCACGGGUCAAUGUUUUCUUGUCACGGGUCAGUGAUAAAAUGCAUAUAAUUAUAAAUUCUGUUUCAACACAGUGUCAGUCUGGCUGUCAUGACAAAAUAAUUUAAAACUAUUUUAUAAUUGUACCAUAUACCAGUUCACAGUGACACUACAAUGUUGUUAAAUGAAUAAAGAUAUAAUAAAAUCUAUUUCAUAUUGUCAAAAUUUCUGAAGCAAAAUUUCUGAAGCAGUAUUUGAGUGUAUUUCUGAAGCAAAAUUUCUGUAGGUUUGUUUCCUUUGACAUAGUUACCAAUAACCAUGCCUGACCUUGUUAAUAUAUGCAGUAAGACUUUAUGUACUAGGCAUCAGACUCCCCUAUGAAAACAUGGGGGUCAUUAGCUUGUCUCUCCUUACAGGAACUAAAUAUAAAUAAUAAAUUUAUACAGAGAAACAAUGCAUGUUCAUUUUAUAUAUUAGCCUCUGCUCCUUACUAAACUCUAUUAAUGGGCCCUCCCAUGGGGUGAAGUAUGACAAGCUCACACCACCCACAUCUCACAUAUGCCCUUGUUCUCAGAGGGAGGAGGUUCUGAUGAUAAGUGCAUUAAACUUAAAGUUACCAAAAUAAUCAAGACAAUAUGCUUAAAAUUCCAAAAUCUUAAUUAAACAACACCUACAGUAUAAUCCAUAUGAAUCAUGUCAGUGCCACUCUAAUAUUUUCAUUUAUUAAAACUGAAUUUGUUUUUUUGCCAAAAAUAUUUGAUAGCUGCUAAUGUAUGGAUGUGUUUGUAUGUUUCAGAACAUAAAAGUUGUGAUGAGGUGAAGCGUAUCAGUACAAAAGGAGAUCGUUUUCAACAUGCUUGGAUAACAGAUAAUAAAUUAACUUACUGUGAAAAAACGGGAUAUAAUUGGCUUAUUUACGAGGAAGGUGAGGGCAUGUUCUGUUUCAUUUGCCGAAAGCACAAUACUGAAAAUGAAAAAAACAAGUGCAAGAAGUUUAAUCUUCAGGCUGGAAUCCGCUUUAAACGUAAAGCAGUAGAGGAACAUGCCAAUAGUCAACAGCAUAAAGCUGCAAUAAUGUGUGAACUGAUUAACAGAACCUCUCCAUUCCAGGCAGAACUUGACAGGAAAGAACAGAAAAACGACGCUGUGUAUUACAAUGCUUUUCUGGCAAUAUAUUGGCUGGCAAAAGAAGAGUUACCAAACUUCAAAAUUUCCAGCUUUUUGUAUGUGCUUGAACAAUUAGGAUUGAUAGAUAUGAAAUAUUUUCAGCAUCGCUCAGCUGGAUCAUUCAGAGAAAUAUUCUUAGCGCUGGGGUAUCAAAUUAAAUCACAAGUGGCAGAGAAGUGCAGAAAAGCAAAUUGGUUUGGAUUACUGUGUGAUGAAGUUUGCGACAUUUCUAAUCAAGAACAGUUGCUAACUUUCAUUAAGUAUGUUGACCCACAAACCAAUAAAGCUACAACAGAUUUUCUGUCUGCAAAUGACCUGUUUCAGAAUUCACAGUCAGCAGAUGCCAAUACCAUUUGGACUGUUCUUAAUAAACAACUUGAAGAUAGCAAAUAG